UUCGGUUCUAAACAUGGGUUGCGAGCACCUGCAGCAAUCGAGGCUCUUCGAUGAGCUCUGCGCCCUCCUUUUCACCUCCCUUCGAUCUUCCCACAUUUUGCGCUCCUCUUCACUGACGCGCUGCUCUCCAAUCUCGCCUGCUGGCUUCGCUUUGAUUCUCGUCGGUGGCUCAUUUGCCCUCGUUCUCUGUGGGUCGGUUACCUUCGUGCUUGGUUGCAUUCUGUUUCCAUGGGUUAUCGGCUUUGUUAUGUUGCUGUACUUGGUAGGAAUCAUGUCGAGUCUCACAGGCAUUGGGAGGGCGAUCCUCUGCUGUACCGUGCCCGAGCAAUCGCCGUCCUUGCCCAAGGAUGUUUCACGCCAACUAUUUUCAAAACUACCCAUCAUUUGGGCAGAGAAAGGAAUAUCCAAAAAGUAAUUUCACAUGUUCUGGUUCGGCUGAUCUUAUUUUACAGACACGAUCUGUUUCUGUUGUCUGCUCGUGUCAUUUUUUUUUUUUUUUUGGAU